AUAAAGGAAGCGUAACAACUGUAACUGCAACGCCGAGUCGCCCGAGUCGCCGAAAUAAUUUAGUCUUUGCGCCGAAACUUGCUGUGAUACACAAAAUAAAACAUGAAAACAAUAUCGUGAUAUAAAUAUAGUGUUAUUAUUUCUAGUCUGAUAAAGUAGAAUAAAAUAUAUUCUAAACACAAUGUCUGAUGAUGUUAUCAAGCAUUCAGUGCACACCCUGGUGUUUAGAUCUUUGAAGCGGUCUCACGACAUGUUUCUAGCUAACCAGGGCAUGCUGCCGCCUAUAGAUGAAAAAGCUGAAAAGAUCCUCAGAUCAGUAAAGGCCCGUGACAGUUAUGGACAGGUGAUGGCAGCAGUACAGAAAGCCCAAGCAACCAAGCAAUUGGAGAAUAUGAGCAGACCGGAAAUUCCUUUAGACACAGAAAUGGCAGAAUCAGCGGCCCUAGGCUCGGACGGGGCAAUGCUGCCGUACACGGGGCCAGCCGUGGCGGCGUCGCCUGCGCCGCCCGCGGGCGCGCUCACGGUGCUGCCGAAGAAGGCGCCCGCCAUGCCCAAGCCCAAGUGGCACGCGCCCUGGAAGCUGUUCAGGGUGAUAUCUGGACAUCUCGGGUGGGUGCGGUGUGUUGCUGUUGAACCGGGGAAUGAAUGGUUUGCAACUGGUGCAGCAGACAGAGUAAUCAAAAUCUGGGAUUUAGCGAGCGGCAAGCUGAAAGUGUCCCUGACUGGUCAUGUCAGUACUGUAAGAGGUUUGGAAGUGUCACCAAGACAUCCAUAUUUAUUCAGCUGUGGUGAAGACAGACAAGUCAAAUGUUGGGACUUGGAAUAUAACAAGGUGAUCCGCCAUUACCACGGGCACCUGUCAGCCGUGUACACGCUGUCGCUGCACCCCACCAUCGACGUGCUGGUGACGGCGGGACGCGACGCCACCGCGCGCGUGUGGGACAUGAGGACCAAGGCCAACGUCCACACGCUGACGGGACACACUGACACUAUCGCUACUUUGGCGUGCCAGGCGGCUGAACCGCAGAUAAUCACAGGCUCCCACGACUCGACAAUCCGUCUCUGGGACUUGGCCGCCGGCAAAUCCAUCUGCACACUGACCAACCACAAAAAAUCUGUCCGCGCCAUCGUCAUCCACCCCACAUUGUACACAUUCGCCUCAGCCUCCCCGGACAAUAUCAAACAAUGGAAGUGCCCUGAAGGGAAGUUUAUACAGAAUCUGUCCGGACAUAACGCUAUAGUGAACUGUAUGGCGGUGAAUCCUGAAGGAGUGUUGGUUAGUGGAGGGGAUAACGGGACUAUGUAUUGCUGGGAUUGGCGGACGGGGUAUAACUUCCAGAGAUUACAGGCGGCAGUCCAGCCGGGGUCGAUGGACUCCGAAGCGGGUAUAUUCGCGAUGACCUUCGACCAAUCAGGGUCCCGGCUGAUCACAACGGAGGCUGACAAGACCAUCAAGAUCUAUAGAGAAGACGAGUCGGCUUCGGAGGAGACCCAUCCUAUCAACUGGCGACCGGAGAUACUGAAGAGAAGGAAAUUCUAAUAGUUAAUAAAGACGUUUUUAUC